GCUGUCUAAAACAAAAAACAAAAAACAAAAACAGCCUCCAUCCUUGCAAAUUGCAAUUUUCAAUAAUCAAUAAUACUUGCCAUCUAAUAAAAUUUAGUUAAUUUCGUAUUUGCUAGCAUCAUAUAAAAUUAAACAAAUCAAAGAUGGCAGAUCCAGAAACAAUUAGGACAAUUGUAGGGAUUAUCGGAAAUGUCAUAUCAUUCUUCCUCUUCCUAUCCCCAGGGCCAACAUUUGUUAAAAUUUUAAAAGCAAAGUCGGUGAUGGAAUUCAAACCAGACCCUUAUAUAGCAACAGUUCUGAAUUGUGCAGUGUGGGUGUUCUAUGGCAUGCCAUUUGUUCAUCCUGACAGUCUUCUUGUCAUCACCAUUAACGGAUUUGGUCUCGCUAUUGAGUUGCUUUAUGUCUCCAUCUUCUUCAUCUACUCCGAUUGGGCUAAGCGUCGCAAGAUCAUAAUUGCUUUGAUAAUUGAAGCAAUCUUCAUGGCAAUACUCAUCUUCAUUACACUAACAUUCCUUCAUGGCACCAAGGAUAGAUCCAUGCUUAUAGGAAUUGUGGCUAUAGUCUUCAAUGUCAUCAUGUACACAUCACCAUUGACGGUCAUGAAGAAAGUGAUCACCACCAAGAGUGUAAAAUACAUGCCAUUUUACUUGUCACUAGCAAACUUUGCUAAUGGCAUUGUUUGGGCAAUCUAUGCACUCCUCAAGUUUGAUCCUUAUAUCCUGAUCCCCAAUGGAUUGGGAUCACUGUCUGGAUUAGUACAGCUGAUCCUCUUUGCAACAUUUUACCGCACUACAAAUUGGGACGAAGAUGAAAAAGAAGUUGAACUAAGUAUUUCCAAAUCCACCAAGUCAGAUGUAUGAUAAACAAAAUUGCAGAGAAAAAACUCCCAGACUGUUUUUUAUGUGUGGUGUGAUAAAAAGAGAGAAAGAAAAGGUCUACCAUUGUAAUAGUAUAUUCUGAUGUAUUUUCCCUACGUUAUAUAUACUUAACUUUGUUUGAAUUGCCUUGCAAGCGC